AUGGCUCUUGCAUUUCUUAACUUGAAAUCUUUUCACCCUCUCAACAAACAAAAUCAGAGGAAGAAAUGGAUUGUGGAGCAACAGUAUUUGGCAAAGAAGAAGAAAGAGGAACAAAGAAGGAAAGAAUUAGAACAAGAGCAAGAAUUAUAUAAAGAUGAUCAAAUUACUACAGCGGAUAAGGCUUCUCGGAAAGGAAACAAGAAAAUCGAGAAUAAUGUUGUUUGGAAACAAACAACGGAAUUGCAAUCCGAGAUGAAGAGAAGGAAGCAAAUGCUAAAACAAAAAAUUGUAAAUACCGAUGAUCAACAACAAGUAACAACAAACAAACAAUCCGAAAAUAAUAAUCAGCCGUUAGAGUUUGUACCAUCCUCUUCAACAAAGAAGCCAGCGUCAUCAGCGACCUCUGCUGCUGUUUCUACAACAACUCCUACUGAAUUCUCUGAUUUUGUUAGAGGUUCGGACUCUCAACCCAAGAAGAAAUCCCGAAGAGGAGCAAGAAAACGCGGAAACAAUCAUCAUGACGAUACAACUUCAAUCAGUCAUGGAAAUGUAAAAUCGGUGGCCUUUCUCUAUCAAUUACCUCCUGGUCUGAAAGAUUCACUGGAGAGAGAAAAGAAGCAGAAGGAACGAGAAGAACAAGAACGAAAAGAAAGAGAGGAACGAAAUAGAAACAUUAUUCGAACAAAAGCUGCCCAUGGCUCCGCUGAAGGACUAAACUCAAUUCAAGACUUUAUGAAAAUUGAAACAAAAAAGAGUAAUGAAAAUGUACAAGAGACAGUCGAAACUCCUCAGAAUACUCUUCCUGUCAAUGAUGACAGUAAUAAUGAAGAGCCAAAAACAGAAAAGAAGUACAUUCCUAAAGACCAAUUAUCUGAUGUUGAAAAAUUCCCCUUCCUCAAACACGCUCCAACAGAAGGAGCCUAUACAGAAUUUGUAAAAGUGAAACACAAGCCGUUUGGUAUUGAAUUAAGGAAUGUAAAAUGUACAAAGUGUGGACAAUUUGGACAUACCAAUAUUGACAGAGAAUGUCCAUUGUUUGGAAUUAGUAGAGUGGAUUCUGAUAUUGUAGCUAGGGAAGAUCCACUUCUUCAAAUGCAACAAUCAAAUGUUGACUUUAUGACUACCGACACUGACCUGCCCAAUAAUGAUGAUGUUUUCGAAGAUUACUUUACCAAGGACGAUACAAGUCCAGAAGAAAUUUAUGAAGUCUUGGUGACCAUGUCUAAAGAGGAUAAGAAAAAGCUUUUCAAAAAGUACAAGAAGUUGAAAUCGAAACUGAAGAAGAGAAGGAAGAAGGCAGAGGAGGAGACAGCAACGUCCUCCACUAAAAAAGCCAAACUGAAAUAA